ACAUUGUUUUAACAAACGGAAACAAUACCAAAAAUUGCGGAGUAGAUUCCUAGAACGACGUGUUUGUACUAAAUAAUUACAGCGCCAAUAAUAUGAGCUUGCUUGUUUAAAACUGCGGGUCGAUGGUUUGAAUCCUGGCCUGGAACGUUAACGAGUUCAGACGAUGAUUUUUUAUAACAAUCUUUUCAUUUCGGCUAAGGUUUUUUCAUAUUUCUAUUUAGUAAAUGACGUGCGCUACGAGUUCACUGCUGCGUCUGCGCAAGUUUGAUCUAUAGCGCGUCGUAAACCGACGGCGCAGCGGUUAGUCGCUGCCUGCGCCUCGGCCACCAACAUUCCUCACACUAAACAAAAAUCUAAGACUAAACCUAACUUAUUGUGGACGCUAAACGUGGUGUGCGCUUAUGUUGAGAUCUUAGACCUCAUAAGAGCACGGUAGAAAUAAGUGAUAACUGUAGUGAAAUGUUAGUGACAAACCGAUAAGUGUUAUGAUAAAGCCUAAACUCACAAGUGCUACAAGUGCUACAAACUGUAGACUAUAAUUUUAUUCCUUAAGAUCCUGGUCAAAGCUUUUUGUGAAAAAGUGUAGACUAGGAUCUAUUUUGAAAAACACGUAAGAAUUUUUAGACAAGUGUUUAUCUUUUACUAGUAACUAGUUUUCUUAAGUGUUUUUCUUGAUUUCGUUUGAGCAAGCUUUCAUUUAAUUGAAGUGUGGAUUUUAUCGAACCUAUAAUUGUGAAAUUGGUGUUAGAUUGUUAGUUUCUACUUGGAUUUUCUUAGUGUGCUGUGUUGUGUCUGGAUUAGAGAGGCAGCCUUGUUUAUUUUAUCCUGUUGCAAUCUGAUUAAUUAAAAAAACUAGCUGAAAUAAAAACAUGGCGAUUAGUUAGCAAAUACUUCAAAAUCAUAUCAUUUGCCAUUCACACAAGUCCACGCGACAUCAGCAAUGACACAAAGUAUUAGUAAGCGCUAACCGGGUCAUCGCCCAGAAAUGCUCAUAGGUGGAAAGAGUUUUGACAUGUGGUGAAUCCAAGAUGGCGGCAUUAGACGCGACAGGAUGACAGCAUGCCCCGGCGCAGGAGGAGACUGGCGUCACGCCUGAGGGACUACCUGCGCAACUUCCUGGCCUUCUUGUUCAGCAACGUCGGCGUGGUGGUGCUGGUCGUCGCUUAUACUGUGGCUGGUGCAUUUAUGUUUCGGGCGAUAGAAGGUGCGAGCGAGAUGGAGCGAGCGCACAACAUGACGCUAGAGCGAGACAACACGGCGCAGUGUCUAUGGCAGGACGUGCUCAAAGUCAACAUAUUUAAUGACACAUAUCUUAAACACAGGAUAAGCAUCACAAUCCAGCAGUACCAAGACAAGGUGGUGUACGCAGUAAAACGAGGUUGGGACGGUGGCCGGUCUUCGAGACAGUGGUCUUUCUCGUCGGCCUUCCUGUAUUCCCUCACUGUGAUCACAACUAUAGGGUACGGGCACCUGUCUCCGCGCACCAGUUGGGGCAAGGUCACCACCAUUCUGUACACUCUGCUGGGAAUGCCCCUAUUCCUGCUGUACCUCGCUAAUGUCGGAGAGCUUUUAGCGCGGUGGUUCAAAUGCAUCUACGCACUGGUGUGCCUGUGCCGCGGAUGUCCAGGGUUCACCAGGAGACGGGUCAUCAGGCUACGUCAGUUGGAGCUGAGCGAUGCCGAGAGCAUCGAAUGCCCAGAGCACUGGAGGAGGCGGGCGCUUGUUUACGAGUCCGAUGAUACUGCCGACUAUGGGCCACCGAUACCGCACCCAUACAACUUGCCGAGGCAACAAAGGCACACAGAUACAUACCCACCUCACAGACUAACAUACAAGAGGCCAGACUACCUCCGCAGCGCAUCCAUGCCGGUCCCCCGCGCCCCGCGCGCGAUGCAACCGCGCCGGUGGUCAGAGCCUCCCGAAAGUGUGUCCAGUGACUUCAGCUACGUUACCUUCGACGCUCAGACCAUCACUGUGCCCAUCAGCGUCUGUGUAGCCAUCAUGGUCGGGUACAUCAUGUUUGGGUCCAUGAUAUUCGGCAUGUGGGAAAAGUGGGACCAGCUGGACGGGGCCUACUUCUGUUUCAUUUCGCUGAGCAGCAUCGGCUUCGGCGACUUCGUGCCCGGCGAACGAGUGUACACACAACGAAUAGAGACCUCCUUCAUCGUGUGCUCCAUGUACCUCAUGCUGGGCAUGGCUCUAGUGGCCAUGUGCUUCAAUCUCAUGCAGGAACAAGUGCGCCACUACUUCGCGGGGAUGAAGCGCGCAUUAAGAAGAAUAUGUCGUUGCAAGAGAUGACGACAUACUAUUCAACUAAUGUAUAUAAUGUUACGUAAUUCAUUAUUUUAACUAAUUAUACUUCCCAUUUGUA